AUGAAAGUAUUACUGCUGCGAAUGGGCUUGAUCUUUGUUGUUAUCGCUGCAAUCUUCUUGGCUGCUCUAGCCACGGCCGAACCGCCUGCUCCACGCAACGGGUUUUCCUCUCCUUCGAGCAACUACCUGCCCCCAGGCCAAUCGUUCAAUGGGAAUAACGGUUACAACUAUAACUCAAACGACAAUGGUUACAACUACCCCUCGGCCUCCAACGGCGGAAACUAUCCUGCCCCAUCCCAGCAGUACGGAGCCCCCUCUGGUAACGGCGCAAACGGCGGAUACAACUACGAGGACGCAAAUGCUCAACCUGCCAAAUACUCAUUCGAGUACAACGUGCAGGACUUCGCCUCUGGCAACGACUUCGGACACAUGGAAUCUCGUGAUGGCGACCGAACCGUUGGACGCUACUAUGUCCUCCUUCCCGAUGGUCGCAAGCAAAUUGUAAACUAUGAGGCCGACCAGAAUGGGUAUCGUCCAACCAUCACCUAUGAAGAUGUUGGUACUGGAAAUGGAGCUAAUGGUAACAAUGGAGGAUAUGGUGGAAAUGGACAGUUUAACGGUUAUCAAUAA